AGAAAUGAAAAACUGGAAAGCACCACACCGUUUGAUCCCAGCUUACGGCCUUCCGCAGAGUAUCCUAUGCAGUGAUUGAGCCAAUGACGAACCUGGAAGCUCAUAGCUUAGAAGUAUCCUAUACCACACACUGGAAGAGAAGGAAGAAGGCACUGAACAUCGGCCAUAGAGGAAUGGGAAGAUCACUCAAAGACCAUUCCCUUAUUACAGAUCCUAAUGCAGACCAACUGGUAUCUAUUCCUGAGAACACUAUAUAUUCCCUCAGAGAAGCUGCAGACCACGGAGCUGAUUUUGUUGAGUUUGAUGUCCACGUUACCAAGGAUGGUUUUCCUGUCCUCUUCCAUGAUUUCCAAUUCUCAUUGUGCAUGCGAGAGCCUGGGAGUUCAAAGAAUACCCAUAUCGCCAAGCUUGCCAUCAAGGAUAUGACGCUUGAUCAACUAGCUGUAAUCAGAAAACUGGCUGUUGGAAAAGGGACAACAGACUUUCUUUGUGAAACUACGACAUCAAUUGAAGAAGAUGCUCAGGCGUUUGGUGAACUGCAGAAGGCCUUGCAGACUGUUCCAGUACACUGUGGUUUUGACAUAGAAAUCAAGUACCCAAUGAUUUGUGAGAACUCUGGUCCUGAAUACGAUGGGACCCCUAUGGAUAUGAAUGAAUCGCUGGAUGCCAUCUUGAGGGUGGUCCUCAAGCACGGCGGACAGAGAAGGAUCUUCUUCUCGGCCUUCAAUCCAGACGUCUGCGCAAUGAUUCGUCUGAAGCAGUCCAAGUAUCCUGUCAUGCUAUGUAACUUUGGUCGGACCGCCCUCUACGAGUCCUACAACGACCCGAGGAGCGUGUGUGUGGAGAACUGUAUGCUGACAUCACGUGCCUAUCAGAUCUUGGGACUUUGUGGUCACUGUGAGGACUACAUCAAAGAUCCAAGUCUGGUGAAGUCUUGCCACUCAAAUAAUUUGACCCUGAUGUGCUGGGGAGAGGGCACGGUAGACCCCGUCAUCAGACAGAAGCUCUCUGAUAUUGGUGUAGAUGGUGUCAUUCACGACAGAAUGGCCAGCUAUGCUUCUGGAACCAAGAACACCUUUGAAUCUAAGAAACACGUCAAGAAUGGACAAACAUAGCAUCUACACCGAGCCCUGUACCAUAAAACUGGUUAUCAACAACUCUUGUCUAAAUUCUAUGAUAAAUUUGAUCUCGGCCAGUCAAACCGCAGGAUUUGCAUAGCUUAUAACAGUAUAAUGAAACUUUUCAUGUAUAAAUGUUUUAUGAAAUAGGGCACCGGUCAACAUGAAUCCUGUAUUGUAUCCCUCAUGUUUAGAAUAUGUGAAGUCUAUGAAUUCUGUACUUGGUGUUAGAAUGUAAAAAAUCAAUGAACAAUUAACCUAUGCAACAGUGAGGCAGACUGGCCCAAUUCAUUCAUUUCAUGUUAGAUAUUUUUGCAGUUGUGUUACAUUCAGAAAAUUUGUGACUGAUCUACCGAAAUAUGUUUCAUGUAUUAAUAUGUUAAUCACAUUACAUUGAGAUUUAUGAUGAAAAAUGAAAUAUUAAUUUGGUGAAUGUCUUGAAAUGUUUAAGACUGUUGCAACCUUUAAUGUGCCUUAUAUCUGAUAUUUCACAGAUCCAGCAUUUCACUGAAAAGUAUUAACAUUAGUAAUAAUUUUCCACAGGGUAAUGAAGCUGGUACAGAAGUAAACAUAUUUAUUUUCGUUUAUUAGAUUGAUUAGUAUUUCUUUGGGCUCAUGAACAUAAGUUUGGCAACAACAAUUAUGCAGUGCGUCCCACAAAAAGGAAAUCCAUUUUCAGAAAUAGAUUUCACAAUUAUUACAUGUGUUGUUACUGUACAAUUUGAUAUGUAUGGUAAGAGGGAGAUCUCAUCUUUAAUAUGACUCAUGGCAGAUUACAAACAGAAAAUAUUGAGGCAUGUUAGAGAUGAUUUGUGCAGAUUCACUCUCAUUUCAUAAAUGAUUAUGAUUAUUUUUACUUUUGUUGGUUUAAAUGGAUUUAUUUUAUGCUAUUUAUGAUCGCAAAAGUGUCCCCGACAAAUUUCAUUAGAAAAAACAAAGGUUUGAAAAAACAAAGAAAUACACAACAAUUUAAAAAACAAUAAAAUACAUAAGAAAGUGAUUAUAUUUUUGCAACUUUUUAGACGAUAUUUGUUAGAAAAUAAUUAGCAUUCUACUAGCUAUGUAAAUUUAGUUAAAAGCAAAAAUCAAAAUUUAGGACAAAUUUCAUACGCUUAUUUGCAUAAUUAAUUAAAAAAUAUAAACAAUUAAUUUUUUGAAAAUUUUACCAUACAGUCUUGUAGUUUACAUCCGGCUCUACGUCCGUGCAAAUUUUCGCGGCGAUCACGCGAUCAGCGGCUGAGAUCUGAGGGGGGGGGGUCACAUUGACCCCAACCCCCCCCCCCCCCCCCCCGUAUAUACCGUCUCAUAUUAGGCAUCAAAUUAUAGAGGAAUAAUUGAAUUGUAUGAUGAUGUAAAUGAAAUGUCAUCAUUCAUUUGCCUUUGAAGAAAAAAGACAUGGGAAUCCCGGUUUCCUUUCUUCUGGGACAUGGGAAUCCCAGGUUUCUUUUUCUGGGAUCUACUUUAUAAUCCUGUCAUCAAAGUGUGAACACAAACCACAUGAAUAUGAUAUCAAAUUAUUUAGGAGAAGAUACUCUUUCAGACCAUAUAUAAUAAUUAUGUGUUCAUGAAAUAUUUUUCUUUAGUUGGGGAUUUGUGAGGUGUCCUUUACUCACAUGUUCUUAUCUUUACUUGGCUCUUUCCUCAUGUUUUAAUGAUGAAGAGAGCCAUUUUAGUAAUCAUCCCCAGUCAGUUAUUAAUAAUCUGUGUAUCAAAUGAGCUGACAAAUUGAACUUGUACUGUUGAAGAUUUAUAUCACAAUCGCCUAUCAAUAGUUAAACCACAACUUCCAAACUAGAGUUUGACUUUAACCCAACUCCAGGACACGGGCCAACUGUUUUGUCCAUUUACAGGAAAACGGGACACUUUUCCCUUCUUACAUGGAUGUAGCAAAACCAGUACAAUUUUAAAUUUAAUUUGACAUUUUCUGUCACUCUAAAGGUCUCGGGACUGUGUUGAAAUACAUUUCUUUCCAUUCUAUGGUUACUAUUUUGUUUGACUAAAAAAAAUAUUACUUAACUUUUACCUCCAAGUCAACCCCAAAUUCUUAAUUGAAUGUUGUAUAGAAGAGAAUUUCUGUGCUAAAGAAAUCAAAUAUAUUUCUUCCCCCUCCCUUCCUCUCUUUUUCUCUCCUUUCUACUUCUUCAAUCUCAUCUCUGCUCAUAUUUAUUUCGACCUCAAUUUCUAGAAGUACAAUUUAAGGCUUAUUAAGGGAUCAUUAAUUUGAUUAAGCUGAAGGGAUUAUUAAUAAGCCAGUUCGUAGUUCCACUCUGCGUAUGAUCAGAAGAUUCUGCGCAUGAUCAGAGGAAGGUCAUUGGUACUUAAGUGACAUGGUGGUUUAAAAUCUAAUAUAAGCACCAACUUUGAUGUCUUGAUUAUUCAUAUUUUCUUUUGAUUUACCUCCACAAAAAACAACAAUGCGUCCUCGAACGACUGGUAUUUCAGUAUGCCAAGUACAUUGGACAGCAUGCUAUAAUUAUGCAUUCAAAGUAGAAAUGCAACAAAUACCUUCAUAGAGUGUUCAUUGGUGUGCUAUUCUAGUCACCUGGGGGGGGUUUUCACAAAGAUAUAAGUAUGACUUAGAGCCGCACUUAAAUGCAUAGUUGCGCUCGGUAUAAAAGGCUUGACCGCAUUGGUCAGCUCUUGCCAAGAGGACGCGCACUACUGCGUAUUGAUCAAUAAGAUUGCGCGUUGCAUAUCAUGUAAGCGUAGGGAUUUAAGUGCGAUUUAAGUCAUACUUAAAUCUUUGUGAAACACCCCCCCCCCCCGGUCUAUUCAAUUUCUUCAUCCUGCUAUGGAAGGCAUGCUCACGUAAUAUCUUGCUUUGAAAUCUGCCUAUCAUAGUGAAAGAAAUGACCAAAAUCGUCCAUGAAAACUACAAACUGGUCUAUUUGAACAGAGUUAUGUCAUUGUGUCCUUUUACGGGUAAUGGAUUGUUGUUUAAUUCUGAAACAUUUUAUUGCGACAUAUACACUACUGGUCAUGAUUCUUUGACUCACUAUUGCCUGUUGGAACCGGAGAAUAAUGGAUUCGGUGGACCGAAUCUAUUGUUCUCUGGUUUUGGCGGGUGGUGGUUGGUCGGGAAGUUGAGACUGAAAGUGUAACCAUGCAAUAUUGACUUCAACUUUGCAAUUUUGCCAGGUCGGUUUUUCUGCCCUUAAUUCAAUUUAUUUAAUCAUAUACACCUGUACUUUUAAUAUCACAUUGUUGUUUCAAUGUUCAUGCAUUUUAGAA